GACAGAGAUCAAGACCCAAACUUAGUUAAACUAAACAAACAAACGUCACUUUUCCUUUCUUUGCAUCUUUCUUCCAAAACUAAAACACCAUCACAUCACCACCUCCUAAUUACUAUGAAAUCUUCAACACUCACAAAUCACUUUUGAGUUCUACUUUCUUUCCACGAUCUCCACUCUUCACUACCAACUUAUACAUACAUAUUUUGUACUACUAGGAUAACAUUUCUGAGACGCACUUUGGUUGAUUGAUUGGCGAUGGGAGGUGCAAUGGGAAAGGGUGACUCACCCAAAAAGUUUUGGGUAGCAGAAACCAAGCUUGAGGCUAAAAUGGUUGAAGCAAUGCAACGGAGGGAAUGUCAAGGAUGUUCCAUGAAAUCAUUCAACACCAUAAUCCUAAAAUUCCCAAAAAUUGAUGAGAGCUUCAGAAAAUGCAGGGCCAUCUUUGAACAGUUUGAUGAAGAUUCUAAUGGGACAAUAGAUCAAGAAGAGUUGAAGAAGUGUUUCAGUAAGCUGGAAAUUUCUUUUUCUGAGGAAGAGACCAAUGAUCUUUUUGAAGCAUGUGAUAUUAAUGAUGAUUUGGGAAUGAAGUUCAGUGAGUUCAUUGUACUUCUUUGUCUUGUCUACCUUCUCAAAGAUGACCCUGCAGCACUUCAUGCAAAAUCACGAAUUGGCAUGCCAAAUCUGGAGGCCACAUUUGAGACAUUGGUUGAUACAUUUGUAUUCUUAGACAAGAAUAAGGACGGGUAUGUCAGCAAAAAUGAAAUGGUCCAAGCUAUAAACGAAACUACAUCGGGGGAACGUUCUUCUGGAAGAAUAGCCAUGAAAAGAUUUGAAGAAAUGGACUGGGAUAAAAACGGAAUGGUGAACUUUAAGGAGUUUCUUUUCGCAUUUACACGGUGGGUUGGAAUUGAUGAAUUUGAGGAUGAGGAAAAUGCAUAGGCCUGAAUGAUGUCUAUCUUAAUGUCUUUGGCUGUAUCUUCUGCUAAUAGAGACCGUAGCAUUGUGCUUCAGCCAAAACAAGAAGGCUAUUCCAGUUUUCACUUGUAAUAAAGGACAAGUUGCUUCACGUUGAAUUUUAUUUAUAUGAAAUAUUAUCAUUCGUGAUGUAAAUAGCAAGUGUUGAAGUGAAGAUACAGUCAAACUCACCUGUUAAAUGCCACCUUAUAUCUGUAUUGGCUUCUUUAUUGUUCUCUCCUCUCUCCCUCUAGUUCCCAUAAGUUUAUCUAUCUAUAUUUCUUAUAUCUAACUAUAAAGCUAUAAGCUUGAUUGGAAUAUAGGCUAUAUAUAUGUUAUUCUUA